UUCAGAAAUAUAAUGAAAUAAUUUAUGUUCUAUUUAUUUUCAAAAACACUAAUAAAUAAUUUCCGCAACCACUCCAUUACAACUUUCAUAAAACGUCACUCGAAUGACUCCUUGUGCAUUGUUAUGAUGAACGAAGAAUGGCGGACGUUGUCAUAGUGCGAUACUUGUUCAUAUUUUUACUUUUAAAUGCUUGUCAUGCAGGACUUCCAGGCUUGGACAACCUGGAGCAAGACGGAGCAUCGAUUACACAAGCUGACAACCACAUUAGAGAUGAUCCCAUAUCUGUGGAUAAAAAGAUGAUGGUUCAUCAACCGAGGAGGAAAUUUCAAAAAAGGUACAAAUGCCACCAGUGCGAGUCGCCGGAGUGCGGCGCGGAGGGCGCGGAGAGCGCGGAGGGCGCGCAGGUGUGCGAGGAGGCGCUGUACUGCUUCAAGUCCACGGUGCGCGCGUCGGACGGCGCGCUGCGCCACUCGCGCGGCUGCUCCUCCAAGCGGGACCACUACCAGUUCACGUGCCGCACCACCAACAACGCGCAGAGGCCUCGAAAACGUCACGCCGGCCAAUUGAACAUCACUUGCUGCCAGGGUAACAUGUGCAACGACGGCAGCUUCCCAUCGCUUUCCCCGGCUGACAUGGCCAUGGAGCCGCUCAGUACUGGCACGUGGAAGCUGUGGCUGAGCGUGGUGCUCUCGGUGCUGGCUGUGAGCGUGAUCGGUGCUAUGGCCAUAAUGUUGCUAAGAAGGAGCCAUAGGUUACGCGUGUCACGUGCAGCGCAGAAACUAGGAGCAGAUUCAAAUUAUUUCUCGUCUAACAUGUACAGUCCACAUGUAACAAGCGCUUAUUAUGAAGGUCUAGAAGGAUCGCAGAAUGGGGCUGGCUUGCAUGCUGUUGCAGCCGGUGACUCCACCCUCAGAGAAUACUUGGAAUGUUCAGUGACUAGUGGCUCCGGUUCUGGGUUACCGCUCAUGGUACAAAGAACACUGGCCAAGCAGGUGUCUCUGAUCGAACGGAUUGGCAAAGGUCGGUACGGGGAGGUGUGGCGCGGUUCGUGGUACGCGGACAGUGUCGCUGUGAAGAUAUUCUUCUCGCGAGACGAAGCCAGCUGGAGGAGAGAGACGGAGAUAUACAGCACUGUCCUACUCAGGCACGACAAUAUACUCGCCUACAUCGGCAGCGACAUGACCAGUAGGAACAGCUGUACACAGUUGUGGUUAAUCACACACUUCCAUCCACUCGGCUCGCUGUAUGAGCACCUCAGCAGGACGACACUGACGAGGAAUCAAAUGAUGUUAAUAUCUUUAUCCAUUGUUAAUGGCCUUUUACAUCUACACACAGACAUACAUGGGACACAGGGGAAACCGGCCAUAGCGCAUCGGGACAUCAAGUCCAAGAACAUUCUGGUGAAGGUGAACGGCGAGUGCUGCAUCGCCGACCUCGGGCUGGCCGUGACGCGGCGCCACGUGGCGGCCGGCGCGCUGCGCGACGCGCGCCAGGGCACCAAGCGGUACAUGAGCCCCGAGGUGCUCGACCAGAGUAUGAACCUGCAAUGCUUCGAGUCGUACCGCCGCUGCGACAUCUACGCUCUGGCGCUGGUGCUGUGGGAGACGUGUCGGCGUGUGAGCCCGGCGCGCGAGCAUAGCCCGCCAUACCACGACCUGGCGCCCGCUGACCCCAGUUUCGACGAGAUGCGCAAGAUCGUGUGCGUCGACAACGAGCGCCCCGACCCGCCGGACGAUCCGCAUCCGACAAUGGUGGGAAUGGCUAACCUCAUGCGAGAGUGCUGGCAUCAAAACCCAUCAGUACGGUUACCAGCUCUAAGAAUCAAGAAGACAUUACUCAAACUAGCUGCCAACGACAACUCAAUCAGACUUAACGAAGACAAUGAAGUGUAUGUGUAGUUGAAAUGACAGUGUUUGUGAUGUGUAAAGGAACUGUGGUUUGUCGUUAACAUAUAACAAUACUGAGUGUUAUAGUUUGUGUUACAUAAUGAGGACUGGUUGGUUAGAUAUGGUGUCACUUGAGAUGGCUUUAUAAAGAAAUUAGUACAUGUUAUUGUAUAAUUAUUCAUGAUUUAUGAUUAAUUAAUUGUUAUAACCGGAAUGUAAAAAUCGUAUAUUAAAAGCUAACUUAACAAAUGGUUUGAUCAAUAUUUUGUUAAUUCGAUAUUAUUGAAAGCGAUAUAAAAAAAUUAGACAAAUAAAUUCUCAAAAUCAUUUUUGAAUUCUCUCGUUAAAAGAUUAAAUGUUUAAAGUUAAAACUGAUUCGGGAUGUGGAUUAUACUGAGAAACUCAGUAAAUUCUAUUUUCUGACAAUUAUAUGAUAUUAUUAUUUAUUAUAUAUAGAUUGUAACCCAUAUUAUUUAAGACAAGUACGUAUCGGACGGUCUUAACUAAACUAACUAUAGAAAUCCUUCAAUUCGAUUUUUAUUUUAAUAACAAUUGCAGAGAAAGAUAAUUUGUGUCAACCUAGUUGUCAAGUUAGCAUUCGAUACAACUUAUAUAAUCAAAUUAUGUAAAAAUAUAACUUGUAAAAACAUAUAACAAUAAAGUUAACGUAUGAAAAUAAUUAUAUAAAAUAUAUAAAAAAUGAUAUGGAAUAACUUGAAUAAUUUAACAUUUUUUAUUUUUGUGCCAUUUAUAGCAUUUUAGUUAGUUUAUAAUAAGAUGUAGCGUCUUUAAAAAUCGUUAAUAAUCAACAAAUGACGAAAUAGCGGUAUGUAACGGGAUGUCAUUAUGAUAUUUUAUAAUUCUCUAUGCAGAAUAUUUGUUCCAGGUAUGAAAUUUAAAAUUUUGGACAUUAUAAUAUCCAAUCAUAUAAUGAAGCAACAAAAGAAUUUAUAUAAUAUAACGUAAGAGCAUAUAUGUACCACUGCUGGGCUAAGGAAUCUUCUCAUUUUGAGAAGGUUAUUUUUUAAUGAAUUUCACAUAACGUCUAAAUAUAACCAAUACAUCGCUCCACGAUUCCCUGGUCACUGCUAGCUAGUUUUAAUUAAUUCAAAACUGACGAAUUGAUUACUUAACAUAAAUUUAACAGAAAAUUUUUGAUUAAAACAUAAUUAUACUAAAUAUUAUUUUGUUUAUAAAAUUCGAUUUUUAGUAUUUAAAGCCAAUACUGGUUAACCAUUAUAACAUAUAUAUAUGAAAUCGAUGUACAUAAUAUGUACCGUGUAAAUUAUAUAGUUUUUAGUAUAUUGCUAUUAACAUUAGCAUAUAAUAAAGUGCCGACUAGUAUUGUAACUCUGUAAUAUAGAUUGUAUAUAAAGUUUUUAGUUAUAAGAGAUUAAUUUGGUUGUCACGGUAGCUCAACCGUUCAAUUGGUUGAUCUUCCAGACCGCAACUGCAUUUUAAUAUUUAAAAUAGUUUUUUUUUUUUCGUUUAUUUAAUUAAUAUUCGAAUUAACAAUGAAAUCUGUAUUACGUAAUAUGUAUGUCUGUAUAGAAUGUAUACUGAAUAUUUACAAUAUGAAUUUAUUAAUAUUAAACCAAAUGUUAUUUAUGAAGGAAUGACAUUAGGUAGAUGAAAAAAUUAUUGAAUCGCCUUUUAAUCCAAAUUUUACAAAAUUUGUUUAAAUAAUAUAAAUAUAAACUGCCGUAUUUUUUAAAUGUAUUGUAUUUGUAAUAUACUAAACUGCAUAAUUGGUGGCCUGUUAUCUAAUCUACCUUCGACGAUGACAGUAGAUUACAUAACAAAUUAAUUAAUCUGGCCAAUAAGCAUUCAAGAAAUUGGAGUUAAGUAUAAUAAUAAUCUUAUUAAACCAUGAUAAAAGAGUAAUAUAUGAACCACGUUUCAAUCUGUGACGGCAUAUGCUAAGGAAAAUUAUCAUGAGCCAUGAAUGCCAUCAUGACGGUGCCUUAACAACUUCGUCGCAUUCCCAAGGAAGGGUGUGUCAGGCAAUUAUUUGAAAAAUUGUAAGCUCUAUUCAAAACAAAUGGGAUAAAUGCAAAUGAUGUCAGAUAAAUAUAAAGUACAAAAAUGAAUGUUAAAUAAAUGUCUACUGCCACCGGUUAGGAAUGUAUACUUUAAGAAGAGGAAUCGGCAAAAAAUUCAGUGGUGACACUAUUUCAACGAUUGUAUACAAGUAAUAAUCAUACAGGUACAUUUGAAUAAAUUUUCGUUAUCUGAAUGAAUAUCAAUGAAUACUAACUCCAAGCUCUUAUCACUUAUAUAAAAUUUUAUACAGAAUAAUAAACUUUUUUUACUUUUAAAUGCGGCUUAAAUUUAUUAAUAGAUAUUGUGAAAUUUUCGAUUUGUUUAUUACUGUUAUUAUUAUAUUUGUUUAUUAUUGUUGUGUUCCGGUUUGAAGGAUGAGUGAGCCAGUGUAAUUACAGGCACAAGGGACAUAAAAUCUUAGUUCCCAAGGUUGGUGGCGCAUUGGCUAUGUAAGCGAUGGUUGACAUUUCUUACAAUGCCAAUGUCUAAGGGCGUUUGGUGACCACUUACCAUCAGGUGGCCCAUAUGCUCGUCCGCCUUCCUAUUCUAUAAAAAAAAAACAAAAAAAAAAUUACCUUCCAGAUGUCAAUAGUGAAACUUGGUAAAUAAUGUAA